AAGCAGCUUUAUUUUUAAACCUGGUUGAAUAGUACUUUUGUGGAUUAAGCCUACUGGGGAAACUGCUUCCAGCACAGAAGUCUGCAGUUAAUACCCCUCUUAGACAUAGCUUGCUAAACUGAUCAGGAAGCAGUAAUAUGGCUAGGGAAGAAGAAAACUACUACGGGAAACAUGGUGAACCAAGGAAAUUUGACCCAAAGUUCAGAGGACCUAUUCACAACAGGCACUGUACCGAUGUUCUGUGCUGUGUAAUCUUCAUAGUCGUCAUUCUGGGUUACAUUGCAUUAGGAAUUCUGGCUUGGGUGCAUGGUGACCCCAGGAAGGUGGUCUAUCCAACUGACAGCUAUGGACAGUUCUGCGGCCAGAAGGACACCAUAAAUGAGAACAAGACCAGUUUGUUUUACUUUAACAUUCUGAAAUGUGCCAGCCCAAUAGUGCUAAUAAACCUACAGUGCCCUACAACACAGCUUUGUGUCUCAAAGUGCCCAGACAGGUUUGCAACAUACAUAGACAUGCAAGCUUCCUACAGAUAUAACAAAAGCUAUUGGGAGUACUACAGGCAGUUCUGCAAACCUGGUUUUAAUAAGCCUUUGAAGUCUGUUGCUCAAGUGAUCCGUGAUGAAGAUUGCCCUUCGAUGAUCAUUCCAAGCAGGCCUUUUCUUAAAAGAUGCUUUCCUGACUUCUCCACGAAGAAUGGGAUUCUGACGGUGGCAAAUCAGACGACAUUCAAAGAUGGAAGAGGGAAAACAAGAAAUGUAACUGAUCUCAGGGAAGCUGCAAAUGGUAUCAAUAAUGUCCUUGAUGCAAGAUCAGUUGGGAUGAAAAUUUUUGAAGACUAUGCCAGUUCCUGGCAUUGGAUUUUAAUUGGUCUGUUCAUUGCAAUGGUUGUGAGCCUGCUCUUCCUUGUGCUCCUGAGGUUCACAGCGGGGGUCCUCUUCUGGAUUUUCAUCCUUGGCGUGAUUGGAAUUAUAGGAUAUGGUAUCUGGCAUUGUUACUGGGAGUAUGAUCAUCUUCAGGGGACACCUGGAUCUGACCUCACGAUCUAUGAUAUUGGCUUCCAGACUGACUUCAGAGUAUAUCUGCAGCUGAGGCAAACAUGGUUAGCAUUUAUGAUAAUACUUUGUAUUGUGGAAGUCUUCAUCAUACUGAUGCUGAUCUUCCUGAGGAAUCGGAUCCGGAUUGCUAUUGCACUCUUGCAGGAAGGGAGUAGGGCUAUUGGCUACAUAAUGUCCACAUUAUUCUACCCCAUUAUCACUUUCAUUCUCAUUGCAAUCUGUAUUUCCUAUUGGGCAGUGACAGCUGUUUUCCUGUCUACAUCAGGGGAACCUGUGUAUAAAGUAAUGGCUAAUCAAACACUGUGCAAGUAUGCAAACCUGACCUGUGACCCAGAGACUUUUAACACAACCAAUGUGACCAAAUUAUGUGUUGGUGCUCAGUGUACUUUUGCUUUCUAUGGGGGAGAAAGCUUCUAUCACAAAUACAUCUUCAUCUUUCAACUCUCCAAUGCUUUUGUCUUUCUGUGGCUGGUAAACUUUGCAAUUGCACUGGGUCAGUGUACCCUUGCUGGUGCCUUUGCCUCUUACUACUGGGCCUUUAGAAAACCUGCUGAUAUUCCAACAUGCCCACUCUUUUCUUCAUUUGGACGAGCAAUACGAUAUCACACAGGUUCACUAGCAUUUGGAUCAUUAAUUCUUGCAAUAGUCCAGUUGAUUAGAAUAAUCUUGGAGUACCUGGAUCACAAGCUGAAAGGUACACAGAACUCCUUUACGAGAUUUCUGCUCUGUUGCCUCAAAUGCUGUUUUUGGUGUUUGGAAAAAUUCAUAAAGUUCAUAAACAGAAAUGCCUACAUCAUGAUUGCGAUAUAUGGUAAAAACUUCUGCACCUCAGCAAAGGAAGCGUUCUUUCUGCUAAUGCGGAACGUGGUGAGAGUUGCAGUGCUGGACAAAGUUACAGAUUUCUUGUUGUUCCUUGGGAAACUUCUCGUUGCUGGUGGUGUAGGUGUUCUAGCCUUCUUUUUCUUCACACAUAGAAUACCAGUGUUCACACAAGAAACCCCAACAUUAAAUUACUACUGGGUACCCCUGUUGACUGUCAUUAUUGGCUCUUACCUAAUUGCACAUGGGUUCUUCAGUGUCUAUGCAAUGUGCGUUGAUACACUUUUCCUCUGCUUUUUGGAAGAUUUAGAAAGACAUGAUGGCUCUGCAGAAAGACCCUAUUAUAUGAGUAAAUCUCUCUUGAAGAUUUUGAACAAGCCGAAUGUAGAAACCAAGAGACAUUAGAAAAUACCCAGUGUUGUAACCACCCAAUCGUGUUGGAUUUAGUCCUGGUUUGAUGCAUUGUCUUCCCAACACUGUAUUAAUUGUCGGCUUUUAUUUGCAUGUUUUAUACCAAAGCUUCUAUGUAAAGCCAUCAGAAUUGGUAAGGAAACUGUUUAAAAAACAAAAAACCCAAGAUGCAACGAUUUUUAUACUGAGAUUUGUUUUUUUUCAAGUUGUAUUUAGCUUUUAAUUCUAGUGGCUUGGAUGUUUUGAAGAUGCUGAAUAUUCUUUUAAAUAUAAGCAUUUAAAAAUAUGAAAUGUUUUCCUGUUGCAUAUUCUGGUAUAGGACAGUAAAAAGAUUUCAGAAAUCCUCAUAUUAAGCUUAUUCUAAAAAG